AACGUGUCCAGCUCCACCGCGCAGAAAGCGACCACCGAAAAGCCGCCGGAAUUGGGCGCCCAAACAAGAGCGAUCUAGCAAACACCUCGCGCCGCCUCCGGUCGCGGUCUGAAAAUACUCCUCCAUCUCCGUUCUCCGGCCAUCUCCUGCUCACCUCGCCGCCGACGAGCCAUAUGCCAUGUCUUCCGCGCCCUCCUCCUCCUAUUCUUCCUACUAUUCCUCUUGCCCAGCACCGCACCAACCGCGCCGACGCUUCCGGCGAUCUCUCCGGCCGCCGCCUGCCCCGCGGCUACGCCUUUCCUCGUCGUCCUCCCGCCCACCCUCCGCUCCGCAGGACUCCCGAUUCGGAAUCACCGCAUCAAGACCUGCACGCAGGCGUGGUUCCAUUCAGAUUGCCACAUCAUUUGAUGAUGAUUUCGGGGAUUUCUCGCUGGUCCAUGACGACGGGGAUGAUGAUGUGUUUGGUCUUGAUUUGUAUUCAAGUGAGAGUGACUGGAGCGAUGAUGAUGUUGUGUUAGCUCUUGGGGAUGUCGAGUUGCCAAUGAUGACCGACAGGCGAUUCAAGGGGGCAGAGGGUGCGAUAACUGUUGCUGCACAUAGGCUCGCCACCAUUGACAAAGGGCAUAGGAAGAGCAGAACUCAACAAGGGCUGAUGAAUAAUCUUGGACUGAUUGCUUUCCUAGCAAUGUUACUUUUGUUUGUCGACUGGUGUUCAUGGAGGAUUGUUAGGCUACCUCUGGACUCGUUUUAUUUGACACGCCCUUUUUUAAUAUCAGCAGUUCUGUCAACAGUAGCUGGAUUUAUUUUUGCACCAAUUGCUGAUAGCAUGAAGAUCCAUCAUUUCCGGAGGAGAGGGAAGCCUAUUUCUCCAUCCUAUGGAAAGCCAACCCCAGCAAUGGGAGGGCUCUUCUUCAUCCCUAUUGGUAUUUUAGUUGCAAGAAGACAUGUUGGUUCCAACUCAAGUGGAGUAAAUGGAGCAGCUAUAAUAACCCUCAUAUUUGCAAUAGUUGGGUUACUUGAUGAUAUCUCAAACCUUGUCAUGGAUCAUGAUCAUAAAAUACCUCAAUGGCUAAGAGUUUUGGUUCAGAUUGCUGCUGGAAUUUACUUCUUUAUCUGGUUGGGUUCUGCAAAUAUUUCAACACCAUAUAACAUGAAAUUCCUUGUACCUCUACCUCCUCCAUUUGGUCUUGCAUUCAUGGGAAAACUUUAUCUAGUUCUGGCUACAAUAUGUUCUCUUUCCAUGGGUACUGGAGUAACAUUGGUUGAUGGCCUUGAUGGUUUGGCUGGUGGCGUUGCUGCUUUAGCACUGGCUGGAUUGUCUGUUGCUGCUCUCCCAGUUUGCUCAGAACUGAGUGUUUUUGGAGCAUCAAUGUCUGGCGCUUGCACUGGCUUUCUUUUUCAUAACAGGUAUAGGGCCUCAAUAGUUAUGGGCCGAGUUGGUUCUUUUGCGCUUGGAGGAGCACUUGCUACAAUUGCAGCAUGUAGUGGAAUGUUCAUUCCUAUGUUAAUUGCAUGUAGUGUCUUCUUUCUCGAGUUGCUCUUGGUAAUAUUGCAGGUUCCUUUAAAUAUGACCCGGAAGCACAUCCAUGGGACAAACAGAUAUUUCCUUAGAGUUCUUCCCUCACAUUACUAUCUUAGAUUGUGGGGCAUAAAGGAGCCUUAUAUCGUGACGGGUGCAUACAUAAUGUCAUGCUUCUUAACGGUGUUGGCAGGAUACCUUGGUCUCGUCUCGGCGUAGAUAGAAAGCUUAGGUCAUCAUUCUUUCGUUACUUAUAUUUCGUUGUGCUGUGCCUCUAGAAUGGUACACACUUCAGCGUUGCCGAGCCUAAGGUUCACUGAUAUAUAGAGUUAAUGGAAUUUUGCCGUGCAGAGUUUUUUUUUUUAAUGUUCUGUGUGAGUUUGUAGGACACAUCAAAAGAAACCUUGCAGUAUAAUAUGGUCAUAACAUGGGAUGUUGUAUCCUUUGACCUGCACAAAACUGCAGCGUACCUGUACAUUGAACAAUUGUUGCUAUACAAUGUACUACGGACUUAUGGAGUACAAAAGAGUUUCCACAACAGUUUUAAGAAAAAAAAAUACGGAUCGAGGAUGUUGUGAUGAAAAGAGGCUUGCAGUGUGCACUUUUUCGUUUGAGUUUGGAAAUAUCAAUGGAUUGUUGACUUGUA